UUUCAAGGCGGCUUCCAUUUCCCGCAUUUCUACUGCUCGUACGAGGUCCUUGCAGAACUCGGGCUACCCGCUGUCCAUCACAGUGAAGUAGAUGAGCUCGCUGUGAGGCCAUCUUUACUCCAGCUCCUCAACACAUCAACAUGCCAUUGGCAGGGCAUCCGCCAGGACCAUAUGGUUGUUGUACGUGAGGGUGACGUGUUGUUCUUGAAGCAUGCCCGCGUCACAGAUUGCCACGAGCUAGACGAGCUCCUU